UGGUGCUGUCCUCUGCCUGGUCCUUGCCCUUUGUCCUUGUCCUCUACCUGUUGUUGCCCUCUGCUCGGUCCUUGCCCUCUGCCUGUUGUUGCCCUCUGACUUGUCCUUGCCCUAUGCCUGGUCCUUGCAAUCUGCCUUUUGUUGCCCUCAGCCUGGUCCUUGCCCUUUGCCUGUUGUUGCCCUCUGACUUGUCCUUGACCUCUGCCUGGUCCUUGCCAUCUGCCUUUUGUUGCCCUCUGGCUGGUACUUGCCCUCAGCCUGGUCCUUGCCCGCUGCCUCUCUAUUGCCCUCAUCUUGGUGCCAGCCCGCUCCGGUUGUAGGUGGAAAGUCGGCGAGGAGCGGAGAUGACCGGAUUCCCAGUCUCACGCCAUGCGAGAUAUUGCACUUACAGGAACUUAACCCCAUCACCGCCUGCAGGCACGGUUCGAGUCGGCAUGGGGCAGGCGGGUCCGGACAGGCAGGGGUUAAUGUCUCCGAAUUGCCUGAGCAGAGAAGUUAUCCAGCCAAUAAUAAACAAGGUAGAUUCCUGGAUGAUGUCAGAAUUACAACUUCAACACUCCAAGAGGGAAAGGGGGAAAUCUCAAAAUCAGAGAUCCGUCAGACAGCGAGAGGGAUAGAAGUAGUGUGUGGGAUAGAACUUCGCUAUGGAAUGGAUGCUGCACGUUCCACACACAGGGUUCCAAGCUAUAUUCCACCACUGGGCGGCGACUGAGUCUCUGACCACUAGGGAGGCCACUGGGCAGGCUGAGCUCAUAGGGGACAUCCCUGAGUAAUAUGGAGCAAGUAGAAUAAAGUGUCAAGUCAACUGCUUAGACCUGGACUGACUUCAAUGAGGAUCUGGCAUCUGCAGAGAUAAGACCCUGGCUAUACAGAGAGCUCUGAGGAACACAAUUAAACUCUGUUAUCCUAAAUGCAAGAAUGUUCUUCACCUGACAACUUAGCAAGGACUCAUUGCACAGGUUGGUAGCGGGAGGGGGUUUAAAGCCUUAGAGAUAAAUCCAUAUUCCAAUAACCUAACAUGAAGAUAGAAUAGAGGGGGACAUGACAUCAGAUUUGUCAGCAGUUUCUAUUGGGUAGAUUUAUAGAUAGAUAGAUAGAUAGAUAGAUAGAUAGAUAGAUAGAUAGAUUUGAAAUCUGUAUUUGAAAUAAAAGUUUGAGUGUUGCAGAACUUGAUCUGACAAUCAAUGUGUUUAGAGCUUAACCCAAAUUAAUUUGGAAUACAGAAACUGGACAGAUCAGUGCUAAAGGGCUGACAAUUCUAUUGUUGAUUGGUGAUAGAGUUUAGCACAAUAAAUCUGUAUGUGGUGGUAAAGGUGUAUUUGUUUCAAGAACUCAAAUAUUAGUGUCUCAUAAUCACAUAUGAUCUACUGGUCCUUUUUUCAGACUUAAAUAAUGAAGUAAAAAAAAAGAAUAUAUUCAAAAUAUAUGUAUUCAGUUAAUAAAGGUCAUGAAAACGUUUUGAUUUCUGGCUGAACAGAGUCUCCAAAUUUAUUCACAAGAAUCGAUUUUCAAGAAAAAGGUCUUAUUUUUAACAUUUUGUGUAUUCAGGUCCAGUCUCUCAUCCGUCCUAAAGAUGUAUGAAGUUCUUCCCAUUCCAUCCUUGAACAGUGUUCUUCUCUCCUUCCUGAGCAUUCUAGCUGCUGUAUACAUAUGGAAAUGGAUCAACGUCUGGAUUAUCCCCAGAUUUUCUGGAAACUCUCCUUCACCACCUGGUCCUUUCCCAUGGCCAUUGAUUGGCAAUGCUUUGCAGCUAGGUAGUUCUCCUCAUUUGUCUUUCGUGAGCUUAGCCAGGCGAUAUGGCGAGGUAUUCCAGAUCAAGCUGGGCAGCCAGAAGGUGGUGGUCCUCAAUGGGGAAAAGAUCAUUCGCCAAGCCCUGCUGCGGAGGGGAGCAGACUUCGCUGGUCGUCCUGAUUUUACAUCCUUCCAGUUUGUAUCAGGGGGACGAAGUUUGGCAUUUGGUGCCUAUAAUGAGAGGUGGAAAGCUCAUCGCAAAGUGGCCCAUUCCACUGUGAGAGCCUUCUCCACUGGUAACCCCCAGACCAAGCAAAGCCUGGGACAACACGUUCUCAGUGAGACCAGGGAGCUCAUUGAAUUGUUCUCGGAACUUGGUCAGGGAGGUAAGUCCUUCUCCCCUGGAAGACAUCUGGUGGUCGCCGUGGCCAACGUGAUGAGUGCUGUGUGCUUUGGUCAGCGCUAUAGCCAUGGUGAUCUAGAGUUCCAGUCUCUCCUAAGUAAUAAUGACAAAUUCAGUAAGACUGUAGGGGCCGGCAGUCUGGUGGAUGUAAUGCCUUGGCUCCAAUAUUUCCCAAACCCAGUGAGAAAUGUCUUCAGAACCUUCCAGCAGGUCAACCAUGAGUUCUACAGCUUCGUCUACAGCAAGUUCCUCCAGCAUCGCCAUACAGUCAUGCGGGGGGUUACCAGAGAUAUGCUGGAUGCUCUCAUUCACACCUUAAUAGGGAAGGAUGGCAACAAGGAGACAACUCAAAAUGGAAUAGAAAAGGAAGCGGGGGUUAAGAAUGGCCAGCCAGGCAAUCACUUGCUGGAGAGUGACCAUGUUCCAUCUACUGUAACAGACAUAUUUGGGGCCAGUCAGGAUACCUUGUCCACAGCAAUGCAAUGGCUGUUCUUCUUCCUUAUCAGGUAAGGACUCCUACCAGGACACAUCCACAUCAAUACAUUUCCAGAAUGACAUAGUGUAGUGCACAUUAUAUUUUACUAAUCAGAUUGCAGUCCUAUAGCCUUUUGUCAAGUGAAAGGGGCUUCCUGUUAUUUUACAUUGUGUAUAAGCAGUUUUGUGUUAAAUAGAUGCAAACAUUUGACCAGACACAUAAAACCUAAUGGAGCACCUCACAGAUCAUGUAUAUGGUUUUUAUUUUGAUCAUACACAUUAGUGUAUGAUCAUCUACAGAGCAUCUUUCCAAUAUUUAAAAUAUUCUGAUCAAUAGUGGGCCUUGUUUGGGAAUGUUUUCACAUUACACAAUGCUGAUACAUUGUGGUUUGAUUGACAGCACCUUGACACAGCAUGGAAUGACCAUUUUGAAAAAGAGGGGUUUUAUAUGGCGUCUCACCAGUGGCUAGUCUGUGGCAGAGAUGUCUGAGUCUGUGUUUGUGAAAGCAAGCUAUGCUAUGACUCACAGAUUUCUGAGUAUAUGGACUUCAAAUGUUAUGAGUUGUAUCACCUGCACAGAUCAACGAGACCUGUGCAUGGGUAAGGAGAUCUCUAUUCCCUGUGGCUCCACUUCCAUCAAGGAAAGUUGGUACAUUGAUGAGUGGAAAUAGCCAUGACUAAAAUAGUGAUCAAAGUAAAUAACUUCAGGGAUAUCAUUUAUGGUCUGAUAGCAUGAUGUGCCUUAUGUAAUUUUGUUUUGGAGGAAUGACAAUGCAGGUCAUCAGCCUAGCCAUGUAGUGUUUGGGUGACACCUGGCCCCAACUCAAACCUUCCCUACCUCUUCGGUGUGCUUGGGAGUGUGUGAGGCAGCACAUGUGUGAUGGGAGUUGUAUGUGGAGCAGGCACAGGUGCAUAAUGGGAAAUAUUACUUCUAAGACUUUCCAGUAUUCUGUUCACUUAUUCCCUAUUUUAUUUUAUUUUAUUUUUUUUUAGCAAAUAUCUGUUUGUGAAGACUUACUAAUGACAAUUAAAGAAAAACAUGAAUAUUAGAUUUACAAGUAGAAAUCUACACUGCUCUUGGUAUUUCUACUCUUAUAAGUAUAAUUUAUUGAGACUUAAAAAAAAAUAAAAUAACACAUAAUAUACAGUGCACAGUUCAAAAUACAAUAGCCAGAUCACAGUCUUGUUGAUGAUUUCUUGAUCUGGCAUCUUAAUUAUAUAAUAAAAAUGGAAUGUUUAUAUUUAUCCCAGAUAUUUUAUCUUCUCCUUUGUUCAUUCCUCCAUACCCUCAUUCAUACAGUGUUCAACAUAUUCAGCAUAAGACCUUAAUGAUUUAAAAGACGAUUUGUAAUAACUCUAUAUUGGUAUAGUGGUAGGGGAAAGGUUAUCUGCUACAAUAUAAUAUAUAAUUAAGUAUAUUGUCCCUCCCCUGCGUCCACUCCAUGAAUAGUCAAGAGCCUGUCACAGCGAGCAUCAAUCUCACAGGAAAUUAUUUUUCUGCAAAGAUUUUAAACCAUGGUGUCCAGAUUUUAUGAUAUGAGGUUAAAUUAUUAUUAAUCGCGUAAAAGUAAUAUUCCAUUUUUCCUUGAUAUGAAAUCUGUGCCCAGUCUAGUGGAUUUAGUUUUCGCCAUUCUCUGGUUAUACAUUUUAUUUAUAGCUAAUAAGAUGUUACUUAUUAGACUUAUGAUAUUUUUUGUCAAAUUUAUGUAGUUCUAAGUGAAAAAAAACAUACAUGUGAUCUCUGUGUAAACCCGUACUGGAGAAUUUUUUAUAUAAUUUUUUCUGUUUAUUUUAAUAUUUUAAUUAUUAAUAUUUUAUAUUUAAUCUUCUGCAGUUUUAAACAUUCCCACCAAAUGUGAUAUGGAGUGCCCAGAAACUGGUUGCACCUCCAGCAUAGAUUUAUAAUUGUUUUAUCAAACUUACUUAAACGUAAGGGAUCAGGGUACCAUCUAUGUAUUAAUUUAUAGAAUGUUUCCUGUAGGUUAACUUAAUACACAGAUUUUUCAUCCUCCAGCCAGGUUUAUACCAAUCCUGAGAAGGAAUAUGGGUAUUUCUUCUCUUGAAGAAGGCGUCUUGGCUCCUUGUUAAUCUUUGUUAGAAAGCUCUGUACAUUGUCUGUCACUGAACAAUAGUAAUUAGAGGAUGAGAAAAAUAAAUAGUAUUUCUGUUUCUCGUCUUUCAAAGCAAUAUGUGCCCUGAACAACUGAAUUGGAUUGUGGUGUCAUUGCUAAAUCUUUAAUAUACCUUUAAAGGAAAAGAUCAUGAUCCAAUAAAAAGUUUAACAAAAGUAAUAUGUUUCUGUUAAUUCAAUGAUAUAACUCCCAGAUUAGUAAGAACUCCAAUUUAAAUAAAAAAUACUUGAAUCGUUCAUUUCAUUUUUCCUUGGACAUUUUAGGUAUUUGGGAUUUUUGUAUGUCUCAAAUUGAAUUUCCUGGUAAUUAUAUUUUAAGCACUUUGUUUAUGAUUUUUGGGGAAAUUGGAACUGUACAUUUACAGGGUUAUAAUGUAGUAACAUGGCGAAAUAGGUUGACAAUACUCAAAUUAAUUUUAAGAAGAAUGUCUCUGGCUUCCAAUGUGCCUUAAGCAGCAGAACUCACUAGUAGUGAUACCCCUGUUUGCAGUGCCAAGUUUUAACUCAAUAAAGAUACCAUUUCAGUUUCAUUAACCACAUCCUGUGGAGGAAUUUAUUUGGAACACCUACUUCCCCCUUAUCUAAUAAAAACCCUCAAAACCCCAAAUCAAUUAGAUUGUAUAAAAAGAAUAAUAAAAAAAUAGACCCUCCCAACUCAGUGUGUACAUGAGAAAUUACAUACACUUUCAACUUCAGUUCAAGCCACUUUCAUACUUUUAGUGCUGGCAUCUUCAGUACCUUCAAAGCCAAUAAUACAAAUUCCUACUCCCUAACAGCCCCCUCUCGCCCUGUAAGUAUUAAAAACAUUUGACAGUGGGUUGACGGCUUAUCCCACCCUGACAACCACAGACAGAGAUCUAGAAGUUCUGGGUAAUGUAGUGGAGGUAGAGAGAAGCAUCUGAUGAACCUCAGGAUAAGAAGUGAAACCAUUCUAAAAUGAGUUGACUAAUUACAAAUGGGUGAGCGCCUCUGUAGUGGUUAUGGUACUUGGAGUUUUGCUUUAUGGUUGGCUCAAGAUUACUAUUUUUCAGGUUGGCAGUAUCCAGUAUUUCCUCCAAUUGACUAUUUUUGAGUAGAAGGAGAAUUGUUUAUUUUUUUAGCACCUGGCUGGAAUCAAUCUGAAACCGUUUUUCAACUACCACUUGUUUAAAAGCUUAAAUGAACACCAUAGUGUUAGGAAUACAAACAUCUGCAGGAGAAGCAGUUUAGGUCCCCGGUUCCCCUCAAAAUGUAGUUAAUAGGUUUUAAGCAUACCUUUUCUCCAUUGCCUCGCCAGUCUUGUCACUGAUGGCCCUGCCUUCAUGGCUAAUAUCAUCAAUCUUGAUGAUCUUAGCCAAUCCAAUGCUUGGAUGCAUUGGGAGGCUGUUGCGCAUACGCAGCAAAAUGCAGCACUGCGUUAAUCAGCAUCUCCUCAUAGAGUUGCAUUGAAUCAAUGAUUCUCUAUGGGGAGCGUUCAGAGUCUCCAUGCACGAUACACAAAGGCACUAAAAUAGGGAGCACCUCUAGUGGCAGUCUGAGUGACUGCACCAAUUGUGUUACUAGGCAGCAAUGUAUAGAACAGUAACUCAUUUCUUUGGAUCUCUAGUCUGCUUUUACUCUGCUCUAAGAAUACUAUAUGCAACGAUUUACUUUGUAGUUAGUGUCAUCUUUGUUUAUACUUCUUAUUAUCUUAUUAACAGAUGGGAUAAGUAAAGCAUGAAACAAAAUCUAGUUUGCCAGACAAAUAUAACCCCGAAAAAAAAAAUAUAUCAGUAAAUAAGUAAAAAAAACGAAGACAGAUUUGAAAGCCCUGUCUGCAGCCUCACAAUCUAAAGGGAAAUAGGACUAGUGAGGGUCAAAUGUAGAUAAUAAUGCAAAGGUCAAGAAAAGAGAAUGUGCUGACUGUAUAGUAUAUAUUUUGUAAAUAUAUGUGAUGGGGUCAGUGGAGUCAUAUGUAAGUCUCUUUUAAGAGAAGGGUUUUUUAGGGAGUGUUUGAAGAUAAUGCAGCAGUCGAAGAUUACUUGGUUUCAGUGAUAGGAAAAGUGGGAGAGAGAAGAAUUGAUAAGAAAAGUAUAAAGCCUUUGAACAGAGUGGCUAUUACAAUGUUAUCUGUAUUUUAAAUAAUAUGUAAUAUUAUUAAAGCAUAUUCCAUGUUAUGUAGUUCUGUAGUUCUGUACUUUCUGAUUGAUGUCAUAUCUUACCUUAAGAACUAAGUACAUAUUUCCAAAUAAGGGAACAUUUAAAUAAAAAAAAAUAUUGGAAAGUAGUAUCUGCUUGGGAAAUAUUGUAUAAGCCAAACAUUUUUCUCACCGAUAAGCGAGUUGAGCAAAAUUGCUCCCAAAUGCAAAUAUAUUUUGCCAACAUGAUUUCUCAUGGGCAGUGUCAUUACUAUAAAAUUAACUACCUUGAUCUUAUAGACUUCCCCUAAAUCAAUUUAGAACCCCCUCAAUACUUGUCUCUUUGGAAAAGAUUAUCAUCUUCCCAAAUAGAUUAUCUGUUUACACCAGACUUUCCUAAUAUAACUGAUGACUCCACAGCCUAUUUCACUCUCUCACAGUUUCCUAUACACAGGGAAACUAUCUUUUAGUUAAAGUUGUCUCUCUAACUUGUUGCUCUUGCUCCUAUAGAAACAUAGAAUGUGACGGCAGAUACGAACCAUUCGGGCAAUCUAGUCUGCCCAAUUUUCUAAAUACUUUCAUUAGUCCCUGGCCUUAUCUUAUAGUUAGGAUAGCCUUAUGCCUAUCCCAUGCAUGCUUAAACUCCUUUACUGUGUUAACCUCUAAAACUUCAGCUGGAAGGGUAUUCCAUGCAUCCACUACCAUCUCAGUAAAGUAAUACUUCCUGAUAUUAUUUUUAAACCUUUGUCCCUCUAAUUUAAGACUAUGUCCUCUUGUUGUGGUAGUUUUUCUUCUUUUAAAUAUAGUCUCCUCCUUUACUGUGUUGAUUCCCUUUAUGUAUUUAAAUGUUUUUAUCAUAUCCCCCGGUCUCAUCUUUCCUCCAAGCUAUGACCUUACAUGUCACCUCCUUUAGUUUGUAAGCUCAUUGGAGCCAGCCCAUAUUCACAUCUUGUUUCUGUUCAUUUUACUUUUUAAUUUUUUCUUAUAUUUCAUUUGUAAAUCUUGUAAAGUGCUGCACAAUAUGUCAUCAGUAUAUAAAUGACAAUAAUAAUAAUUUUGUAUUAUAUAGUACUAUGUAUACUAUAGAUUCUUAGUAAAUUUACAAAAUGUGAUUAUGUUAGCAUGAAGCCAGACAAGAUAAGAAUAAUGCAUAAAAUCAUUAUAUGUUAUCACUGCUUUGAUUACGAGGAUCCACACAUCCUGUAUGUAUUUUGUUUAUUGAUAAAUGUACCCCCAAAGGUAGUUUUUAACCCUAAUUAUUUGUAGGGUGAACCACAGACGGGAAAGAUGUCCUAAGAGUUUCUACGUUCAGUACGAGUAUACAUUGUUAUUAUAACAGAUACACCCCCCUCUCAUAUCUUUCUGUAUAUGAGCCAUAAGAUCAAUUCUUUUUUCAAUUCUUGAAACACAGCUGGAACUCUCCUAGGUCUUAUAUUUAUUUAUUAUUGCUAUUUAUAAAGUGCACACAGAUUCCGCAGCGCUGUACAAUUAGUUGAGAAACGUACAACAUACACAAACAAAUACAAGAGGUAAGAGAGCCCUGCCCGUAAGCUGAUAUCUAGCCAUUGGAGCUCUUUUAUACAAAGUGCUUAGCUAGAUGGCCCGUGAGCUUACAAUCUAAAGGCCACUGUACAGCAAUACCUAAUGAUAAAUGAAUGAGGAUCACAACCAAUAAAAACUAUAUGAUCUUUAUUGAAUAAAUACAAACUUGUAUAUUAUACCUGUGUGUAGAUGACAGUAUAGCAUCAAACUAGAUAUCCUACCUAGACAGUAACAAUGUAUACAUAGGUCAUAUAGAUCAAGAAAAAAUAAAUAAACAAAAUGACCUGAUUGGAAACUACAGCAAAAAAUGUGACCAUCAAAGAAAAGAAAAAAUAUGAGACCAUCAAAAAUUUGGUUUGGUCAAAUCAUUUUUUUCUGAAAAUGAAAUUUAGUUUGACACCUCCAACAUUCGUUCAUGUUAUACAAAUGAUAAAAAUGUUUGGGAAACUGUUUUAGACAAACCAAAAUGGCGUGAACAUGGGUCAAUAUUGCAACAUACAUACAUAUAUCGGUUCACAGAUCAAGUGAGAGAGAUUAACAAAUUGAGGGAAAAACAGGAGUGUUAGAAAAAUUUAUAUUUAUAUAUUCAUUAAAUAUAUAACAAAUAUAGUUUUUUUUUAUUGCUACUCAUUUUCCCCCUCUUUUGGUCACUUAAUCUGUGAAUAAAAUCAACAUUUAGUGGCUGCCCGUUAGUCAUCAAUUAUCUUUUUUUUCCAAUUAAUCAUCUCUUUUUUUAGUCCCACUGAGGGAACUCCAAACUCUUGAAGCAAAUUAACUUGCUCAUCUAUUAAGCUAGUCCUUUGCUUGGUUAUACACCCUGUUCCAAAUUAUAAUGCAAAUUCUAUUUAAGUGUCACAAAGAUUAAAUAUUUUGUUUUUCAGUUUAACUCAUGGAUGGCAUUGUGUCUCAGGGCUCUUUUGAUCACUGAAAACAAUCUCGGACAUCUGUGAUAAUUAGAUUGCCAGGUGAGUCCAAUUUAAGGAAAAACUACUAAAGGAGGGUGUUCCACAUUAUUAAGCAGAGCACCAAUUUAAUGCAAUAUGGGGAAGAAAAAGGAUCUCUCUGCUGCUGAAAAGAGUGAAACAGUUCAAUGUCAUGGAUGAAGUAUGAAAACAUUAGAUAUUUCACAAAAACUUGAGCGUGAUCAUCGCACUAUUAAGAAAUUUGUGGCUGAUUCAGAGCACAGACAGGUUUGUGCAGAUAAAGGCACAUUGAGGAAGAUUUUUGCCAGAUCCAUGCAUCAGAUCAAGAGAACAGCUGCUAAAAUACCAUUACAUAGCAGCAAACAGAUAUUUGAAGCUGCUGGUGCCUCUGGAGUCCCAUGGACAUCAAGGUGUAGCGUCCUCCAGAGUCUUGCAACUGUGCAUAAACCUUCUAUUCGGCCACCACUAACUAAUGCUUACAAGCAGAAAUGGCUGCAUUGGGUAGAAAAAUACAUGAAAAUGAAUUUUCAGACAGUUCUGUUCACUGAUGAGUGCCGUGCAACCCUGGAUGGUCCAGAUGGAUGGAGUAGUGGAUGGUUCCACUGUUCCAACAAGGCUGCGACAUCAGCAAGGCAGUGGUGGAGUCAUGUUUUGGGCCAGAAUCAUAGGAAGAGAGCUGGUCGGUCCCCGAAGGUGUAAAGAGGACCUCUGCAAAGUAUGUGGAGUUUCUGACUGACCACUUUCUUCCCUGGUACAGAAGGAAGAACUAUGCUUUCCGUAAUAAAAUCAUCUUCAUGCAUGACAAUGCACCAUCUCAUGCUGCAAAGAAUACCUCUGCAUCAAUGGCUGCUAUGGGGAUAAAAGGAGAGAAUGUCAUGGUCAUGGUGUGGCCUCCAUCCCCUGACCUCAAUCCUAUUGAGAACCUUUGGAGCAUCCUCAAGCAAAAUAAAAAGUUUACAUCCAAACAGCAGCUCUGGGGGGCUAUUCUGACAUCUUGCAAACAAAUUCAAGCAGAAACUGUCCAAAAACUCACAAGUUCAAUGGAUGCAAGACUUGUGAAGCUGCUAUGAAAUAAGGGGUCUUAUGUUAAAAUGUAACGUUACCUGUUAAAAUGUUUAAAAAGUUAAAAUGUUGUUAUAAGUUUGAUUGAAAUAGCUUUUGAUUUAAGUAAAUAUGCUGCAAACACAACAAAUUACAAUUUUCAGUUCUUUACAACCUAUAAAGUGUUUUGAAACUUAGUGUGCAUAAUAAUUUGGAACAAUGCAUUGUAAGUUUUUUAUGUUUAAAAAAAAUAUUGUUAUCAUUAGGAGGUUAGUUCAAUAAAAUUUGAAUUGUACUCUUAAUAGCUGAUAACAUGAGAAUUAUGCUGACUGUUAUUUACAUCAAUUAUUUAGGUAAAUGAGAAAAAUAUUAUUUGCAUAAUAAUUUGGAACAGGGUGUAUAUCUGUAUGGUGAUUCAGAUAUACAAGAAUUGACAAACUGCCAAUUAGCCCGAAAUUGGACGCAUUUUAAUUUGUCUUAAGCUGAAUGCACAAGUCUACCAUCUAUCAUCAUCAUUCAGAGCUAAUACAGCAUCAGGAUUGAAUAGGUAUACCACACACAGAGGUAGAAAGAUCCAGCGCGCACUAUGUUAAAAUAAGGAUCUGAUCGGCUGUUUGGAACCAGCACCUUCCCAUUUCUCCCUUGUAGUUGGUUGACACAGGGAAAGAGUUAAAGGUCCACACUGAGGGAGGGGUCUAUUCCACUAUUGUAAUCUCUCCUUCAGCAUUUAAUACAUGCUGACGACAGACUUUUCUUUUGCACAGAUUUAACUUGUACCAGCUUAGAACUCUUGCCAAUAAUGCUAUUGAAAAUGGAUUUAAACCUCUGGCAGUGAAACUAAAUAUCUAUUUAGUUAUUUUAUAAAGUGAUAAAGUGAUAAAGGGAGAUAUAUCAAUGAAUACAUCAGCAUUUUCUGUUCAUAUAUUAAAAAAGCAGUGUGGGAUAACUUUUUCUUUACCUUUCACCAUUUUCUGUUACCUUGUUUUAUAAGUUAAUAAUUUAAAUACUUGCCAUAGUGUCUUUUUAAUAUUCAAAUCAGCCUAUCACUAGGAAUUAUCUGCUCCAAAGCAAUUUCAAGGUUGCCAAAUUCCAGGGCCAUUUGUCUUGAUAGUCCGCUUCCUGAGUAGUAUUUCAGACAAUAAAUCGACAAUGUUACGUAGAAGAAGAGAUGAAGAAAAAAAAUAGUGUAGUGAGUUUUAGAAGGUUGAGAAUGGCAAUUUAUAGUACAGUAUUGUAAUGGUAAAUUGAACCAUAUUUUGUGAAAUCCUCCAAAUUGUAUUUGUAGAUAAAAUUGUUCAUUGUAAAUUAAGCAUCUUUUUAAUGUUUCCUCCCUGGGAUGAGGGCAUAUAAAUGUAAGUCUUUUACGUAAUAAAAAUGUAAUUAAUUGUUGUCCUUCUGGUUCUAGUACAAAAUAGUAAUAUUUGAAUAUGCCUUUUUGUUAACCCCUUGCAUGCUCGGGGACUCAAUCAGGGUUACAUUCUAAAGUGAGAAUUCUAAGUGGAUUCAAAGGGAAUUUCAAUUUUUUAAAUUUUUUAUUCUUUGUUUUAGUUGUGCUUUUGAGUACAAGGAUGUUUACCAUGUCACAACAACAGUAGUAUGCAAUCAUGUCAUGAAAUACAGGUAAACAGAGGUUGGACAUUUGCAGAAACAGCACAUUUUUAGAAAUUAGGAUACAGGCUAACUCUAAACUAAGAUGCCAUGUCUAAGAUGGUGAAUAAUUUUACAAUAGACUUUCUUUGCAUAUUCCAGGCUAAAGAUACAUGUCUAGGUUGGCAGCAUGGCUUGUUGGUACGGUGAGCUUAACUAUCUAGAGUGAUGAGAGGAAAAAUAAAAAUAAGAGAAAGGAAAAUUCACUAUUGUAAUCAAGUGUACCUUACAGAAACAAGAAGUAGGAAUUAGGUUGCAUAAAUUAGGGCACAAUUACCUCUCAGAUGAGAGCAGAAUGCUCCUGAAAUAGCGGCCACCAAGAAAACCGCCUAAAGCUUAGCGAAUUUUAGCAAUGAGUGACAGUUAACAUGAGCAGGGAGUGCCCCUCUAGUUUAAGCUAGCCAGUCCCUUAAGGAAUGCACUCGGGCCGUGACCACAGUGAUGUCCUCUCGAAUAAUAUCAAGGUCAGCAUUAAAGAAGGCGCAAAUAUUAUUCAUGAGGGUCUUUAUGUCCCCUUUUGUGGCUGGGGCUGAUAAAUCCUCUGUUAGUGGUGUGGAUAUAUGACCCACUGUUUGGAGGAUUUUUUUCAGGGGCAUCCAUGACUUAAAGCUCAGAGGAAGACUAAGGAGAGUCGAGUGGCGCCGCCAUUUUAGGUCUAGGCCUCUGUUGCAGGAGGUCACUAAUAUUGCGGGAGCCUUCCCCGUUCAGGGUUUUCAGCUUUUUAGUUCUCAUUCCCAUAUCUGGUAAUGGUGUUGGGCUUGGUAUCUUCCGAGAUCGGGUUGUUAAAUGCCUUGCGGUUUAAAUCUGUGGGAUAUACAGCGGAAGCUCAGCCACCAUGCGUCUUUUCCCUUCGGUGUCCAGGUUACGCCCCGGGAAUUUCAAUUUUAAAGCCAAAAUAGCUGAACUGAAAGCAUAGUUGACUUCAGAUGUUCAAGUUUGUGCAAAGUGACACUCCACUGCCCAGAUACAAAAUAUAAAUAAAUAAAUAAAAUCCACUGUUUAGUUAAUAUAGCCCAAAUGAAAACAUGUAUACAUGCCAUUGUACAUUAUUUUCAAACUUUUAGGUAAUAAUGUAAGUAGCAUGCCACAGAGUUUAAAGACCCCUGGGUCCCAUAGGAAACCAAAAGAGAUGGUGGUAUAAGAGUAACCUCCAAAGUAGUGGCAUUUCAGCAUUUAAUAUGCAAAAGAGGCUUACCCAGACCCCAAGUAGAGAUCAACUAACACCCACCAGGUGCAGGACACAGUCCCACAACUCAGAAUUAGGCCUUAUGUUCCUCCACCUCCACGUCGGCAAACUCAACAAACAUGAUCCAAUCCUUGGCCCUGACAUCGCCGAGCUACAAUUUAAGCCAUGGACCAAGUCCCAGAGUACCGGAGAUUAUUCCAUCAUCACAACCAGAAUGCAGUGUAUGCUUUAGCAUUUGGGAUAGCUGAGAUAUAGUGGUAACCCUGAUGGGUCGUAGAUGCUUCUGUUCUAAUACAGGGUCCCUUUCUUGAACAGGAGCUACUGACUGCCAGGGAGCAUGUUGAUGUGGGCGCUGCUGUAUAAUAAGUAACUCAGGUGCCUGGGUAUGAUGUCUACUGGCAAGUUUAAUCCAGAAAUCUUUAACUAUUUUGUGGAGCCCAGCCGUGUGAUAUGCCUGUAAGCUUCUUGUGCUUGAAAGGCACGUGGCAUCUGUCAUUUUAGAUGGGAUGGUGUACUCCACCUCUCUCUUCUCCUCAAUGUAGCAGGACCAAGGGUGAUGAGCGCAGGACUAAACCCCCCAGCAUCAAGCGCUGGGGAAGUGGGCUAAUCACAGAGGCUAAAUUUUCAGGCAGACCGAGGGUAGAGAGAGAUCACCCCCACCAACGCCACUAGGAAAGCUGUGUGUAGAUUGCAGAACUGCCCAAAUUGGAUUGCACUCCAACUAGGCCAUAGAAACCUCGAAGAGCAGGUAUGUUGAGCCCGCAAGCUGUAUCAUUGCUCUAGUAGCUUCAUGGCUAGAAAUUGUGCACAGAAACUCCAAUAUUUUGUCAAAAAAAUCAAGUUUUUUCACAAAGCUCAACCAACGUGUGAAUGUUCAUAUGCCAAGUGAAUCUCUCAGUGUCUUGGUGAGGUUGCUAUGGCAAUUAAUUGGAAACUGUGAUUUUUUUUAUUCUCUCAUUCACAGUAUGGUAAAUGCUGGUGGUCGGUAUCCAUGAAGUCAGACAUAAAUUUCAUGCAGAUUUUAAAAGCCAAGUUGGAAACCUGUCGGUAUUUUUAGCUCCAAGCAACUGCUGGUUGUUACUGGCUAUUAACAAUCUUAACUGAUGCAUUUUAUCUACAAACAUGGAACCAACUCUUUAAUAUUUACAACUUGUUGAGUAACCUCUUGGUUUUAAAAUCAAUUCUAUGCCUUAUUAGCUAAAGGCACACUACAGACCCCUAAAGCACUUUAGCUUGCUCAAAAGCUGUAGGUGUGAAAAGUGUGUCGUCUUUAUUUCAGUUGGCAAAAAGUGCAGAUUUCAAUAGAAAUUGACACUUUUACAAAUUUACCUGGUUUCACCUCCUUGGCUUUCAAGCAGGCAAAUGUCCUGGUACUUCCUGGUUUGGUUAGCUCAGUGGAGCUAAACUCAAGAGGCAGCAACAGCUCAGAGCACCUGUUUUGCAAUGACUUCUCAUUGGGCUGCAUUGGAAAGUCUGUAAUUGGACAGCUACAGAAAGUCUGUGCCAGGUUAGAAGAAGAGGGUUGGCAAAGGCAGCAGACAAGAGAACUGCAGGUUCUGCUUUGAAAUAUACCAUCAAUGAAAAAAAUCACAAUUAAAGGCAUGCAAGUUUUCAUUUAGGGUAUAUCUAUGAAAUUGUGAUUUUUUAAAAAAAUUAUUUGUAUUUGGGCAGUAGAUUGUCCCUUUAACAUCAAUGAUUGUGGAGAUGUUUUUUAUAUAAAAGAUUUGUGUAGAGGCCUAUAAUGAAGGGCCCACCCACAACUGCAUUGCAAAUUAUUGAUUUAGGUUGGAGUCAAGCAAUAAGUGAAUGAGGCUAAAUAGAGUUAAUUUCCUCCAGAGGACAAGAAUGAAUCCCCAUUGUUUGGCAAGGGAAAAUGCUAAGUUAAAAUUGUCAAAACGUGCAAAUGGUGGAUAUGUUUAUUCAAAAUUGCAAAGAAUAUAUGUGAGUAUAAUUCUAUAUACGCUGGAAUUUUCUAACUCACUCACCCAACUAGUGUUUUAGAAAAGAUUAACUCUUAAAGUUAGUUUUUUGGUAAAGUACAGUGCUUAGAGCAGUCUGAACCCGCUCUAAUUACUGAGCGAGGGUUAUAAUAUCUUUUAAAAAUCAAUGGUAACCUGUAAUACAAACAGAGUCAUUGACUAAAGGGAGAAUACCAAGUGAAUUUCAAUCUAAGGUAGCUGACGUAAAAGCAUAGCCGAGUUAGAUCUUUUUUGCAAUUUGGCUAUUGUGACCAUAAAUCUGAAAGUCACUUUGAUUUCAUUUUGAAUUCUCACUUUAAUGAUUAGACCUGUUAAUUCCAAUUUGUCAGUGUCAAUUGUGUUUCUUUUGCGCAUGCAAAAACGCUGUGAUUGAGCACAGCUGUGUAUGUGUCAGCAACAGAGAGUAAAAUGACUGAGCUCACAUUUGGCCAUGAUAACUAAUGAAGAAUAUAUGGAUCUCAGAGGAAAACAGAAAGUUACAUUAACCAAAUGCUAUGUAAAAAAAUAAAACUAUUACUGCAUUGCGGUUACGUUAUAGGUGUGACCACUUUGCUCCUGAAGUUGGUAGAGCUGCUGUCUUUGUCAAUCCCCUCCAUUAUCUCAAUAAUGCCAUUAAAAAGGCCCCCUAAACUUUCUGAAAGAUUCCUUUUAACUUACUUAAAUGAACACUACAGUGUCAGAAAAAACAAAUGUGCAUUCCUGAAUCUAUAGUGUUAAAAAGCCAGACCCCCUCCCUUACCCCCUUAAAAAGAGCAAAAACUCACCCUAUUUCCAUCACUGCAUGGGUCUGCCACAGAUGGCUCCACCCCCGCUCCACCUCCUUGGCUGAGAUCAUCAAAACUGACAAUCUCAGCCAAUCUAAUCCUUUCCCAUGUGCAGCACUGACCCGUCUGAGUGACUGCCACUAGAUGUGUUCCUAGGCAGUAAUAUAAACACUGCCUUUUCUCUGAGAAGGCAGUGUUUACAUUAAAAAGUAUUUAGGGACCUGCUUUACAAACCAGAACAACUACAAUAAGCUGUCGUUGUUCUGGUGCCUAUAGUGUCUCUUUAGAAACAUACUAACUUGCAUUGAAUUAAAGGGAUCCUAUAGUGCCAGGAAAACAACCCGUAUUCCUGGCAUCAUAGGGUUACUAGUUCCCCCCCUCCCUCGAGCCCCCCACCCCGUUGUCCCUCGGCGCUGGGUCAGGCUCCGCUCACACUCCACUCACGCUCCUCCCCUGCCGACGUCAGCCAUCUGAAAAAAAUCUGAAAAUCUGCCGCUGGAGGUCUGUGAGGACGUCCAGCAUCAGAUAACGGACCAAAAGUCCAUUUAGAUUCUGGAAGCGCCCCUGGUGGCUGUCUGGUAGACAGCCAUUGGGGGCAGACUAAGAGCUGCAAUGUAAACAUUGCAGUUCUCUGGAACUUCAAUGUUUUACAUUACAGCACUAGGUGCAAAAGGGUCACAGCACCCAUUUAAUUCAAUUAACUGAAGUGGUCUGGGUGCCUACAGUGUCCCUUUAACACACAGUAGUAAUAUGAUAUCUUUAUUCAUUUGCAUUAGCAGCCAUAGCAGAGUCUCUGAACAGGAAAAAGCACCCCAAAAUAAUAUCCACUCCGCAAAAAUAAUUAAAUCAUCAGUUCACAGUGUUGGAUCCAGCACACACUGUGUUAAAGGAAUACAAACAUAUAUUCUUGACACUAUAGUGCUGAUGUUGCUGUUAUUCUCUGUGCAGUAAAAGGUGAUUUUUUACUUCACCUCCAUUGCUGAGAUCAUCACUCUUGAUGAUCUCAGCCAAUCCAAUGCUUUCCCAUAGGAAAGCAUUGGGAGGCUAUUGCGCAUGCGAGGCAAAUGACCAUACACUAAAACACCAUACUACACCAACCAGCAUCUCUUCACAGAGUUGCAUUGAAUCAAUGCAUAUCUAUGGGGAAUGUUCAGUGUCUCCAUGCAGAGCGCAGAGACGCUGAACGCCUGUAAUGCACAUUUUGCAGCACUAGACUAGGAAACACCUCUAAUGGCGGUUUGAGUGAUACCCCUACUCUCCCCACACACAGUACCCCUUACCCCCACACACAGUACCCCUACCCUACCCCCCCACACACAGUAACCCUACCCCCUCACACACAGUACCCUUACCCCCACAAUACACAGCACCCCUCCCCCCACAACACACACACAGCACCCCCCCCCACAGCACAGCACCCCUACCCCCCACACAGUACCCCCCCCACACACAGUACCCCUACCCUACCCCCCACACACAGUAACCCUACCCCCUCACACACAGUACCCUUACCCCCACAACACACAGCACCCCUCCCUUCUCACACACACACACAACACCCCUCACACAUAGCACCCAUCACACACACAAACACCACACACACAACACCCCUCACACACAACACCCCUCACACACACACAACACCCCUUACACACACACCCCUCACACACACAAAAGCAGUCUGUGUAUGUGUAUGUAUUCAGCAGUCUGUGUGUAUGUACUCAGCAGUCUGUGUGUGUGUGUACUCAGCAGUGUGUGUAUUCAGCAGACUGUGUGUGUGUGUAUUCAGCGGACUGUGUGUGUAUGUAUUCAGCAGUCUGUGUGUAUGUACUCAGCAGUCUGAGUGUGUGUACCUCAGUAUUCAGGUUUAAUUGCCGUGUUGGCACUUUGAGGAAAAAAAAGUUGGCAUGUAUUGCGGUUUGGGCACUCAGGCUCAAAAAGGUUCGCCAUCACUGAACUAUAUACACUAUAGUGUCCCUUUAUGUUAAUAAAAUGUAAAGAUCCCAAUUAAAAUUUACUGUAGGCCCUAUAGCCAUUGCAUCUUAUUGUAGCGUUUAUGGUGCUAUGAAGCAGUCUUUGAAAAUUUACAGCAAAAUAUCAGACUAUAUAUCAGAGCUGUCCUGUGAGUGUACACACGCAUCUGCAAAUACAUAUCCAUGUCCCUAGCUGACUCAAAGAGCACUCACUUAGAGUCAGCUAAGGGCAUGAUAUUGUUAUGCUUUCAUGAAUAAUAAACCUUUUCUUUUUUGCUUUUCUUCAAGUGACUGGUUUACUUUAAAGGACUUUUUGUUAUUUUAUUUUAGGAACCAAGCUAAAUAUGCUAUGAAACACACAUUGGGCAAAAGUGUGUGUAAAAAGCAUAUUUUUUUUUAUCAUCAAAAUUAACAUUAGGCUUCUAGAAACUCCACAUGUUAAGGAGAAAUCCACUGACAAAUGAAUAUUUCCUCCUAGCAGAGAUUGCGUGACUUGCUGUGAAGGUACAGAGAAUGGGUGGGCCUAUUGUACAGCCUGUAUACAUUUCAAACCCUUCCAGGAAGCCUGCUUUGACACAGGCACAUGGAGUACUCAGCAUAAUGUUGACGUUUAGAGUGGAAGUGGUGUUUUGUAAUGCCAGGGGCUAAACUACUUCUUUGGUUUGUCUCAGCAAGCCUUUAUUGGUGUUUUGCAGCUCAAAGUGAUACAGUCACACACCUUCAUUGAAGAGAAACAAUACCAUUUUUUUUUCUAAAUCACACACAAAGCGUCAUGCACUGUCUGUAAAUGACAAUUAUAACACAUUUUUUUUUUCUUGUGUCUGUGAAUUGUUUGUCUGUUUAUAUACCCAUAGUCCAUGUGCUAUCUGACAUUAUACUGGAGCAAAUUGUUCAAACUGUGCCUUUUACUGCCCAGAUUGCCAAAUAAAUUAAAUAGUACAUAUAUAUGGUAACAUUAAAAAAUUAGUUUGUGCUAAAUAUUCCUUAUAUUAUUUAAUUUACAUAAUUGAUGCCUAUAUUUCAGAUAGACAAAGAGGGACACUUUCAUUUCAGGGGUGUGAGUGGGGGUGUGGCCAGGAGUGGGGCUGUUCUGAGAAAUUUUAGGUGACUUACUAAUAACAAUUUGUGCAACUAAAAUUUAAUUUAGAACGAGAACAAUGUAUCUUAUUUACACAGACUGAUUUCUAAACACAUUUAUUGUAUUUCAAUGACCCUUUACUGGGAGUAUUAUUGCUGCAGAGCUCUAUUAUACACUCUUACACACCAACAAAAUGGAGCUCCUAGAAAAGAGGGACACAUGCUUCUAUAUUCAUAACUGACAACAGGGCCGCCAUCAGGGGGUGACAACCAUGACAGUUGUCACGGGCCCGGCGGUCCUGGGGGGCCCGGACUGCACAGGUAUUCCUCUGCAUGCCCGGGCCCCAAGCCCUUCAAUCUGCAUAUAUAUAUAUAUAGCGAGUACUGCUACGAAUAUAUGCCUCUGAGGGCACAGGAUAUACUUACCUUCGCCUCCAGCACUCUCGCGAGCCAUAGCAGUAAAGCGUUGCUGCGGGUUGUCAUGACAACGCUCCGCGGCACACAAUGCAUGCUGGGCUCGCGUCAGAAAUAGAGCACUGGCUGGCAGGAGGGAGAACAUGGAGUGAGUCUGCUGGGCUCCUCCUUGCUGGCCCAACAAGCGGAGCCACCGAACCACCAGGGAAUCCAGUGUCCCCCCUCCCUGGCUACAGGUAAGAGGCAGGGAGGGGGGAAUACAUCUUUUAUUUUUUUUUUAUUAUAAAAAUUCAACAUAAAAAAAUACCUCCCAGCAGCAUGUGUCACACAUCCACCACACACAUACAUCAAACAGACAAAAUGCAUACACAACCACACACAUCAUACACCACAUAAACACACAAACUGCAUCCACUACACAACCAUACACAUCAUUCCCUACACAACCACACACAUCAUGCACUACAUAAACACACAAACUGCAUCCACUACUCACACACACACACACACAUCAUACACUACACAACUAUACACAUCAUCCACCACAUAAACACACUAACUGCAUCCACUACACAACCACACACAUCAUCCACUACAUAAACACACAAACUGCAUCCACUACACAACCACAUACACAUCAUCCACUACACAACCACACACCAUCCACUACACAACCAUACACAUCAUCCACCACAUAAACACACCAUAAACCACAUAAACACACAAACUGCAUCCACUACACACAUCAUCCACUACACAAACACACACUCUGCAUUCAAUAUACACACACUACAUCCACUACACAUACACUCUGCAGUCACUAUAUACACACUACUUCCACUACACAAACACACACUCUGCAUUUACUAUACACACAAACACUACAUCCACUACACAAACACACACUCUGCAUUAACUAUACACACACACUAUAUCCAGUACACAAACACGCAAUCUACAUUCACCAUUCACAUACUACAUCCAGUACACAAACACACAAACUGCAUUCACUAUACACACAAUACAUCCACUAAACACACACACUCUGUCCACUACACAAACAUACAAUCUGAAUCCACUAUAAACAGCGUAUCCACUUUACUCACGCACUUUGUAUCCACUACACAAAUUCUUAAGCCACUAUUCACACACAAACAAAUUCAGUACACACACACUUCAUCCUUGUGGGUGGACUUAAGAUGGGCCCUGUGGUAGAUUUGGGGGUGGGUCAUGUGGACAGACUUGGGGCAGGUCAUGUGGACUGACUUUGUGGUUUAAUUGGCUAUUGGGCAUGCUAUGGCAUUGACAUAGGCUUACUUACCAAUAUAUAGUAAAAAACAAAGAAAAGAAAAAGUUACCUGCGCUCUCUCCUUAAUCCCUAUGUAUAUUUAGACAAAUGGAGGUCAUUUAGUUGCUCCAAUGGCCAUUGGAGGGAAUGCCCAUCUGCCAACGUCAAGGCAGACCCCCCUAAGCGGGUCCUAACACUGACCCUUCAGCCUGCUUCCUUGAGCUUCUGGCAAAGAUAUCUCUAAUGAGACAGAGAGGGGUAUUUUUUAUAUACACCCCUAUAUACUCAUUAACCCUUAAUAGGGAACAUGGUAUGGGCGGCAGCAUUGUAAAAAGGCUGUGUGAUAGAAAGUAAAUACAAAUACAAAAAGAGAAGUCCUGCGCUCACUCCCAUCACUACUGGACUGAAGGGUCAGUGUUAGGACCUGCUUAGGGGGGUCUGCCUUGACGUUGGCAGGCUGCAUUCCCGCCAAUGGCCAUUGGAGCAACUAAAUGACCUCCAUUUGUCUAAAUAUACAUAGGGAUUAAGGAGAGAGCGCAGGAGAGAGCCCAGUAGUGAUGGGAGUGAGCGCAGGACUUCUCUUUUUGUAUUUGUAUUUACUUACCAAUAUAAUUCCACUUCAUGCUAGAGGUUAAAGGGAUACUCCAGAUUCCUAAAGCAGUUUAGCUUGCUGACAUGCUUAAUGUGUGCAGAGUAUAUCCUUUUUUUUCAUUUUACAAUAGAAAUUUGGACUUUUACAAAUUAACCUGGUUACAUCCCCCUCAUUAAAGUUGUUGCCUGGCGGCCCUGGACACCAUCAUCCACCAUCAAGAGGAUAACCUGCUUUCAAUUAGUUUAAAGGGCCACUAUAGGCACCCAGACCACUUCAGCUCAAUGAAGUGGUCUGGGUGCCAGGUCCCCAAUGUUUUAACCCUGCAGCUGUAAACAUAGCAGUUUCAGAUAAACUGCUAUGUUUACACUGAGGGUUAAUCCAGCCUCUAGUGGCUGGCUCACUGACAGCCACUAGAGGCUGCUUCCGCGAUUCUCACUGUGAAAAUCACAGUGAGAAGACGCUGAGGUCCAUAGGAAAGCAUUGAGUAAUGCUUUCCUAUGGGCGGUUUGAAUGCGCAUGCUUCUCUUGCCGCACAUGCACAUUCAGCGCUAAUGUCGGCAGGAGGAGGAGAGUUCCCCAGCACCGAGGGAGCCCUGUGCUGGAGAAAGGUAAGUGUUUUAACCCCUUCAGCCCUCUUCAGCCCAGCGGGAGGGGGACCAUGAGGGUGGGGGGGACCUAAGGACUAUAUAGUGCCAGGAAGACAGGUUUGUUUUCCUGGUACUAUAGUGGUCCUUUAAUCCCAACAUUGAGUAAACAGCUCAAAUCAGCUCAGCCCUCUCUUUCUGGCAAUGUACGAGCCUUCAGUGAGGGACCCCUGGACUGGCUUUGUUGGCAGGCUCAUAGUAUCACCUGUCACUCUUAGCCACUACCUUAUAAUAGAAACUAUUGUAAUUUAGGUACCUACGUUAAUCGACAUGUAAGUCACAUCGAGGAUAUUAGUGGCUAAAGCUAUAUAAGCAAAGCAACUUCAUUCAUAAACUGCAGAAAAUUAGGUAGCAAGACUACAGGGACAUGAUCUAUACCCCAUUGUACAGCGUUACAAAAUUUGCUGGCACUAUAUAAAUAAUAAAAUAAUACACCCUAACCAAUUCAUUAAGCCAAAGUUGUUUUGGUUCUUAGAUUUUCUCUUUAAACCAAGGCUGUAUCAAUUCAGUUAUGCACAGGUCUCCAGUAUAACAGUUAUUUAAUCUAGUCAAUAUAUCAUUUUAAUGGGGUUCGUUAAUAUCUGUUAUUGCCAUGUAACAAUUUUCACUUGAACAACAUUAAUAUUUUUUUAUUUCACCUCUCUAAAGAAUAUUUGAAAAAGUUUGCCCCAGGCAUUUAGAAUAACAGAUAUGGUAGUAAAACACUCACAAGAGUCAGCAAUUUCUAUUUAAAGUAUGUACGUGUGACACCAAAAUGCAGUAUAAGAUUAAACAGUCCUAUAUUUUAGGACAUAAUUUGCAACAUAUGUUUACUAAUAAUCUGAACAGCUGAUUUACUUCUAUUUUGCUCUUAAUAGAUAUCCAGACGUUCAGAAAAAGAUGCAAAAGGAACUUGACAAGGUCGUUGGGAGAGGUCGUUUGCCCUGCAUAGAUGAUCAGCCAAGUCUCCCCUACAUCAUGGCAUUUCUUUAUGAAUUAAUGCGUUUUAGCAGCUUUGUCCCUGUCACCAUUCCACAUGCAACAACAAAGGAUACACAUUUAAUGGGUUAUCAUAUUCCAAAAGACACUGUAGUGUUUGUCAAUCAAUGGUCUGUCAAUCAUGAUCCUAUGAAAUGGUCCUCCCCAGAAGAAUUUGACCCUUCUAGAUUUCUAGAUGAUAAAGGCUUUCUAGACAAAGACCUAGUAAGUAGUAUCAUGAUCUUCUCAGUUGGCAAGAGGAGAUGUAUCGGUGAAGAGUUAUCAAAGCUGCAAUUGUUUCUUUUUGCUUCAGUCUUAGUCCACCAGUGUGAAUUUACUGCUGACCCUACAUGUAACCUCAAUCAGGAAUGUGACUAUGGACUGAGCCUCAAACCCAAACCAUUCACGAUCACCAUGACCCUUCGGGAUGGAAACAUGAACUUGUUGAACAACUCUGUUCUCAGAAUGAAUACUGAAUAAUAACGCAGUGAACAUUGAACAUUUGAAAACAAAAUUGUGAAUCGUGUUCCAUCAUUCUUGUCUUUUCACACAUGGCACAAAACUGAAACUGCUCAAAAAAACAAUGAAAUUUCAAUAACAUCAGCAAUUUUUUUUUCUAAUUUUAGGCAUUCAAGUUCAAAGUUGAAAUCUGUAAAGAUUUCAAACAACUGCUGAUCUGCAAGACAAAACCAGUAUUGUAAUUAAGCUAUAUAAUUGUUUGCGUAUAAUGUUUUUGUAAAUCUCACAGCAUAUUGUGCUGUUCCUUCGUGGCAUACUCUUAGGGAAACAAAUAUAUAAUGCAUUUUGUCAACUGGGUAAGUUGUUGCUAUAUGGUAUUAGUUCAUUGCACAAAUUAAAUUGAGCUUUGGUGGGAUUUGAAGUAUAUUUUUCAUUAAAAAAUAUAUAUUUUAUUGUGUUUAUAUUAAUUAAGCAUGAAAGUAAUAAUAUUUACUCAUUAUAUCCCCAAUAACUAAUAGCCCUCUAGCUAUGUGAUUAAGUUAUGAUAUAUUUUCUAUUUUAUCUUAAUAUAGCAAAACAUUAUGUGAUUAUGUAUAGUAAGAGACAGUUUUAUUUUAAUACAUAUAGGAAUAUAUUAAAUAUAUUAUGUUAAUGCUUAAAUUUACAUAGAAUAAUUAAGCUCAUCUCAACCUUAAAUGGCCAUGAUCUUGCCGUGUUUUCCGAUGAUUUCUUUGAAAAAGUUCACAAUUUAUUGGUUGGCUGUCCUGUGUAUUAUAUUAUGAUUUUAUAAUCUACUAAAUCAGAAAAGUCAGGGUUGCAUUUUUACAUGAGAAAUGUCAAGUCCUUACAAAAAAUAUAAAGAACUAUCCCUGGAACUGUUGUACAAACAUAAUAUAAAGUGAAUACCAUCAUUCAUGUCAGAAAUAGCUGGACGGUUAGAGUCUUCCUAAACAACAAAAUUCCAAAUUUAUGCAUAGGAACACGUCGAACACUAUAACUACUACAGUCUAUUGUAAUGGUCCUAGUGCUCUUCCAGAGUAAAUUGUCAAGCCAUUAUGGCCCCAAGUGCCCACAUCUUCAUCCCCUGCUUCCAGAUUCUACUACAUGAAUCCAACUAGCUCCACUAAGCUAAGCAGGGCGGCCGCACUUAUUGCCUAAGGGAGUCAGUUGAACACUUUUGGCUAAUUAUUUUAGUUGUGGAACGAUCAUGCUUAGCUCAGCGAAGACAUCCAGCUUCUCUGCAGGCUUUAGUGGUUAUGAUGCUUACAGUAAGAGCCUAUUCAGGAAACAGUGAGAUGUGAUGGGCUGAGAAUCUAACUCCAAAAUCUAGGCAGAAGUGGCCAUGUUGAAUUGUAUCCAGAGUUUGCAUCUCAGCUGUUCUAUCUGUACAACUGAGUAGUAAAUAAAUACCUUAAUGUUACAAAUGUGAAGGAACACAUGUACAGGAACACUAUAGUCACCUUAACAACUUUAGCUUAAUUAAGCAGUUUUAGUGUAUAGAUCAUGCUUCUCGGGUUUUACUGCUCAAUUCACUGCCAUUUAGUAGUUAAAUCACUUUAUUUCUCUUUAUGCAGCCCUUGUCACACCUCCCCUGGUUAUGAUUGACACCGCCAGCAUGAAGAAAACCUGGUUUCACUUUUAAUCAUAUGUAAUUUACCUUAAACAAUUGUAUCUCUUUCUCUGUAAAUUGAACUUUAAUUACAUACAGGAUGCUCUUGCAGGGUUUAGCAAGCUAUUAACAUAGCAGGGGAUAAGAAAAUCUAAAUUAAACAGAACUUUGCAAUAAAGGAAGCAUAAACUUUAGAGGACUCUUUACAGGAAGUGUUUAGGAAGGCUGUGCAAGUCACAUGCAGGGAGGUGUGACUAGGCUUCAUAAACAAAGUGAUUUAACACCUAAAUGGCAGAUAAUUGAGCAGUGAGACUGCAGGGGCAUGAUCUAUACACCAAAACUGCUUCAUUAAGCUAAAGUUGUUUUGGUGACUAUAGGGUCCCUUUAAGAUACAUUUUGCUAUGCUGUGGUUUUCUUUUUGGCAAUAGUGUGAUAAUGUUCCUUUAAUUUCUGUGAGAUUUAUUUCACCACGCCAUUGUGUUGUUCUUUUGUAUUUUUUUCAGCAGAGAACAUGCUUAGACUUGCAGUCAUACUGAUAUACUGGUGCGGGAAGACUGAUGCAUUUGCAGAAGAAUUAAAGUAGUAAAUCAGGGCUGUGUCAAAAUGUACCAUUACGUAAACAUUUUGAAAACAUAUGUUAAUAGAUAUUGGGCACGUACUUGAGGGAGAAAAAUGAUAGUUACACGCUGAGAUGUGAUGUUUUAAAGGUUUUGUGCACAUUGCACUUUGCUGCAUUUUUACCAUGUUUUCAAGAUUGAUGAUAAAGGCUGAAAUGUCACACCUGGGUAUUGAACAAUAUGCUGACUUUUCACUCAGUUAAUUGUGAUGUGACUGUAAGUGUUUGAACAUACAUUCAUAUAUUUAUUGAUUUAUUUAUGUAUUUAACAUUUCGUAUAAAGCGAAUGCUAUAUAGCUGCUGUGCAAAAUUGUAACAAUUGGACUUGGGUGUUGUUAUAGAGAGAUGGAUAUAUAAUUAGACAAACCAGAAUAAAAUAAGUAAAGAACCCUGUCUGUGAGUUUUAGUUUGACAUUUGUUGCACAAAGUGCUAAGUGAGACGGCUUGCAAUAUGAAGGAAGAUAUGCAUGGGGACAAAAGGUUGCAGAGGAUAAAAACAAUGUGAUAUUAUAGGAAAAAGCUAUUUCUGGUGUGGUCAGUUGUGGAGUUGGUGAAAUUAUAGUUGGUAAUUGGAGACCACACAGAUUAACGGAACCCUAGAGCAUUCGAAAAAAAAGGAAGUGUUGUUAAGUAUUCUAGGCCCCUUUGUCCCUCAGAACCUGUAAGUUAAAGCUAUUACUUACUUUUCUGGAUGACCAUCACUUAUGAUGAUUUCCUGGCCAAGAGUGCUUCUCACAGAGAAGCAUUGGGAGGUGGGGGCAUGCACAGCAAUUACAGCACUGUGCCGCUAGUUCUUGCCGUAGAGAAGCAUUGAAUCCACUGCUUCUUGUAGAGCACAAAGCAGUAAGUUAGAAAACCCUCCCAACUCAUUAACACCUGGGAGGGUGAAGCUUAGGAACGUUAUAAAAGUGCUAAUUUCUCUUGAAGUAAAAUAAGCAGAAGCUCUUUAAGUGUUGUUGAGUGUUCUUUUCAGAAGUACGGUCUAUAGAUUAGUGUGAGUCCAGGGUUAGAGAGUGGAUAGAGGGAAAAUAUAUGCUGUAAGUUGCUGUGAGUUGAGGAAGUUUCUGUGUUGUACCUAAGGAAGACAGAUGGGAUGCAAUUUAGAAUUAUCAUUGUAUUGUAUUUGAUAUCCAUAUUUUUAGGGGGAUAUAUCUUUUAAACUGGCUAUUGAUUGGUACAGGAGAAAGGAGAGUCAUUGCGGCUGCUAUAGGGAUGAUUAUUUCUAUUCAGCAUGUAGAAGCUACAGAGGCAGUGUUUCAAUGUACGUCUCUGUCCUAUUAUAGUGAUAGGUUGAAGAAAGGGGGUCCUAUUGUGCAAUGAUGGAAAAAGAAGAAGGAGAUAAAAGUUGGAAGAUGAUAAAAGUUGAGAUAACUUGUGAUGGGAAAAGGACACAUUCAUAGACAAUAUGGUGGAUGGUAUCGUAUUUGUUGGAGUGGUCCAUUAUGAUAGUUAAUUAACAAGGAAAAAGUAUGUUAAAUGAUUUGGCGGUGAGUGGGAAAUAGUAUACACCAGGACUUAAAAUGUGUUGCCCCAUGCUAUCAACCAGGCCUUAAAAGUUACUUGUCACUGCAAGCCAUUGUAUACCCUCCAAGGGUGAAUCUACUGUCUGGACUAAAUUGUUAAUCACCAAUGGCUAGUGACCAGUGACCAUUUUGAAGCCUGGUAUACACGGUGUAAUGAAUACAGGUCUUCAGAAUAACUGCAGUUUAGAUACAGGUACACACAUUCACUACUACAACCUACAAGAGCAAUGGUAUCCUUGCACCAAUGCAGGCACAACCGUUCCAGUUAUUUUUAAGUAUCAAGAUGUUUUGAAGAGCUUUUGAGAAAACUGCAGUUUCACUUGCAAUAUCUAUUUACUAAGGUGCUGAGUGAGAUAAAGUAAUAUAGAGGAAUUUUAAAAAAUCCGGCUGGUUUAUCAUUCACAAUCUUCUCAUGCUGAAAUGUGGUAAGAUUUAUCAAGCAAAGUACAUUUUAUUCUGGGUGCAUAAAAAGAAAAAUGCACCAGUAAUGGCAGGAUAUUUAUUAAGACAAAACAGGUGCUAUUUUAGGUGGGAAAUGCUAAAUGUUGAGAACAGAGAAGGCUUAAAUGAACACUCUGGGGACCAUAACAACUUAAAAAUUUACUUGUUAUGGUGCCAGGAGGUCGCCAGGUGGUUUCUUUCCUAAAGGGGUUAAAACAUUCUUGAAAAGUUAUUCCCCAAAGGUUGCCAUCAGGGUAUUUUCUCAAGCAGCACCUGGCUUCUAAAAUUGCUGAUUGCCGAGAGCGGCCGCUAACUCUCUAAGCCAAUCAGUAGCCCCCACUCUACAAAUAUGUAUGUUUAACCCCAUGGCGUCUAACCGUGCACCUAAUAUCAUUUUAUGGCAAAUCCUGCUCUGGUUGUGAGACAUUCUAUUCCCAUGGUUUACAUGAUUGUUCCUUAUUUAGAAAUUUGGCCCCAGAAUAACACUUGACUUUAUCUUGAAAAAUGUCAUCCUUUGUCUUCAUAAAUUUAUCUCUAAGUUUAAAAAAGUAUUAGUUCUUAGUCUCAGACAAUGAGUAUAUGAGGAUGUGGGAUAAUUUACUACCAAUUCCAUUAAUUUGUUUUGUAAAAUAAUGAUUUAUGUAAGAUUUUUUUCCCUUGAGAAACCGGCUUAAUGGUCAAUCUGAAUAAAAUUUCCAGUCAGUAGAGUUGACAAUAUGGCACAUGCUUCCCAAGUUAAUUUGAAGUCAUCACACAAAUAUUUUUGGCAAAUAGAUACCACAGUCAUGCAAAAAGGGACAGGGCAAGAUGGAGUAGAGACCCGUUUAAACUUUGUAAACUGUACAAAACAUAAAAUCUAUUGAUGUAUUAAAUGAAGCAGGCUACCUUUAACUUUAUAUACUGGUUUAGGUAAGAGAAUACAUUAUUAUUGUUUGAGUGAUUUCUCUUUUUACAUAAAAAGUCUCAGGUUUUUGCAAAACUCCUCUUUGGAAAUUUUAUUCUUGUUAUUGAGAUCUGUGAAUUAUGUUUUUUUGUUUUGCUUAAUAUUUAGAUCUACAUUAGAUCAAAGUUAUGUGUGCAUUUCUACAUUUAUGUAUUUUAUAUUUUUGUGUUAGCAUAGCACAAAUCAUCUAGUAAACUGUUGUAUAGUUUGUUCCCUUUAUCUUAGAUCAAUCUAAUGAAAUCAACUUUAAGCCUUCUUUAUAAAGAUCCUUUAAUUCCAGUGUUUCCAAAUAAAUGUUUUUUAAUUUACUAUGGCUUUUUUUUUUUAUAUAGGAAAGUUUUCUCUAAUUCUAAAGUAUUUUUAAAUUUUAAAAAAUAAUAUAUAUAUAUAUAUAUAUA